UAACCUAUAAACCGACCUGGGAAAAAGCAAACAUGAAUACGUUUAACAGGGCUGAGAUAGAGCGGCAAGCUGCUGAAAAGCUACUUGAGGAAGCUAAAUCUCUGAUCCACGAUGCUAAGAUACGAGUCGAUAAAGGAGAAACAGAGGUUGAUGUGAGGUUAAAGUUGCGAAGUGUUGAUCUGGAUUUCUGGAGAGGAGAACUGGAUAAUAAACUUGCUCAGCUUAAACAGGAGAUUGAAGAGGCCCAUAGUUUGAAGAUCCGAACUGACAAUGAAGGAAGAAGUGUAUCUGAUCCAAUCAAGAUUACCCAACAGUGUAUCACCUACAGGACACAGAGACAAGGAUGUGAUCUGAUCAGGGAUGAGGUGGAUGGGAGCCUGGAUGUUGAAUUGGAAUCUCUAAACUCUGGACAAGGACUUCUAGGACAGACUAGUAUGCAGAUGGAAGAACAGCUGCGGCUGCUGAAGAAAUGCAAGUUUCUGAUCGAGAAGGAGCACAGUGAAAAGGAGUUGGCAAUCCAGGUAGAUGAGGUGGCAAAAGGAAUCAAGGUUACAAGUUUGGGCAGUGGUGGUAAAAAGAGUGGAAUAAAAACUACAUCAGUUCAACAUGGAAGAACUGGACACCCUGUAUCUGUCUCUGAUUGGGUCAACCUAACCCAGCAAAACCUGGAUAAGGCAACAAGACAAGUGGAGGGUUCUUACCAGCUUAGGUCCGUGGUAAAUGGAAUACUUGCUCAAGUUGCCUCAAAUAUGAAAACUUCGGUUGAUGUCACAAAUUUGGCUUUCAGCCGUCGGAUAGGAGAAAUCAGGGAAGCUAAAACAAAACUGGAAGAGCAGAAAGCUGAAACUAUUGUCAAAAUUCAAGAGGUUGAUGACACAAUUAAAUCUCUAGAGCAAGCUCUGAUGGCUAAACAGGGUCCUCUUGCAACUUGUCAGGCUAAAAUUCAGCAGAGAAAACUUAGACCUGGAAUGGAAUACUGCCAUGAUGAGGUUGAUGACCAUCUAAGUAGGGAGCAAGGAACACUUCUAGAGAUUAUAAAGAGACUAGAGGGAGGAAUUUUACAGGCGAAGCAUUGCUACAGUGGACUCCAGAAAACAUUAUUAGAAUUAGAGGAUGAAAUCUCAAAGAAGGCGAACAGCCUUUACAUCGACGAGGUCAAGUGUGGAACUCUUAGGAAGAGUAUUGCUCUCAACAUGUAUUAAGAAGACAUACUUUGCAUAGGGAGGGAACCCCAGGCCGCCAUGAGCCUCCCAGAUUUGCUAUGCAGUAGCGAGCCUCCGCUUACUAUGCAGGACAAAUUUUAUACUCAAACUUCCAAAGUUUUUUACGCAAAAAGGAAGAUAUAAAGAAAACAAAUUAAAAAUUAAUUCGAUUUGUUAAACUCUUUGAUUUAAGAAAAACUUUUGUUAUUUUUUUCCCCUAAAUUUGGAUAACUCUCAAAAACAAUAAUUUUGCAUUCUAAGAUUCAUCUAAACAUAAACAACAUUGUAAACAAAAGGUAUCGCUAAAAUGAGAGAUUUUAACAAAUCAAAUCGAAUUCACUUUAUAAUUUUUUUCUGAAUAUCUUCCUUUCCGCAUAAAAAACUUUUCAAGUUUUGUUAAAAAAAAUUUACUUCAUAGCGGAGGCUCGGCGUUGUAUACCUAAACUGAGAGGUUAAUGGAGGCCGUGGGUUCCCUCCUGCUGUAGGAUGAGGAUGAUCAUGUAUUAGGAAGAACGAAUAUUAGGAAAAUUGUAAUAAGUAUUUUCAUUUUAGUAGCCGAACUUGCCCUAUUUUCAGAAAUGUGUAGCUUUAAAAUCUAAACCUUCAGGAUUUUUUUUUUGGAGAAAUUCUCGUUAAAUUGCAGAAAAAAUAAUGAGUUUAAGGGAGAUAAUUUUUAAAUUUUCUGGUCAAGUUUUAACUAUUUUACCGUCUUUUCUUUAAAAUUGUGGCUAAAUGACGCUGACAAUACCCUAGGCACUCAACAAACAAGAUGUGUACAUAAAUUGCAAGGGAAACUCAAGUUGAUUUAAUUCGAUUAGUA